AUGACAGCCACUCGAAGAUCUCUACCCUUAUUCAUGAUUAUUAUGUUUGUGACUACUUUUCUCACAAUUCAAGUUCAUGGACAGAGUUCUUCGCCCGAGCGCGACCGAUUACAGUUCCGAGCUUCACUCAUUCAACGCAAUUCAGUACUAUCUAAUUCUCCGUCCAUUAACGCUGCACCUGGUGAACCAAGACCACUAGUGUAUGACGUGACAUUAUAUGGCGCAGACCCGACCGGGGUAACGGACAGUACAGACGCACUUCUUGGGGCAAUAUCAGACGCACUUAGGGGUCCAAGCAAUGGAUUUUUGUUGCAGGGAAUUGUUAAUCUUGGUGGUGCACAAAUUAAUCUUCAAGGUGGGAAUUACUUGAUCAGCCGUCCGUUACAAUUUCCGGUAGCAGGAAGAGGUAAUCUAGUGAUACAUGGAGGAACAUUAAAGGCAUCAAACAAUUUCCCGGCCAAUGGCUAUCUGAUCGAUAUAUCACCCUCAUCGAACAAUGGAUCAUCAUCGGCAUUUAAUUACGAGUUUAUAACACUAAGAGACUUGUUGUUGGACUCGAAUUACCGGGGUGGAGGCAUUCAAGUUGUGAACUCACUUAGAACUAGUAUUGACAAUUGCUACAUUACCCAUUUUACGACGAAUGGUAUCUUAGUCCAAGGUGGUCAUGAAACGUACAUUCGGAGCUCGUAUCUUGGCCAACAUAUUACAGCCGGAGGAGAUCGUGGCGAAAAACACUUCUCCGGCACGGCAAUAAACCUGAUGGGCAAUGACAAUUCUGUCACGGACGUUGUAAUUUUUUCUGCCGCUAUUGGAAUUAUGGUUUCAGGUCAGGCAAACACACUUUCUGGUGUACAUUGUUACAAUAAGGCGACUGGAUUUGGUGGUACUGGAAUUUACCUAAAAUUGCCAGGCUUGACACAAACUCGAAUAGUAAAUUCCUACCUCGACUACACUGGUAUUGUUGCUGAAGAUCCGGUCCAACUCCACAUAUCAAGUAGCUUUUUCCUAGGCGAUGCAUAUAUUCUUUUGAAAUCUAUAAAUGGUGUGAUGAACGGAGUAAACAUCGUAGACAACAUGUUUGCUGGAUCUAAUAGAGGAAUUGAUAUCGUUCAGUUGGAUCAACGAAAGGGAGCAUUCAAACAAGUUGAUCAAGUCGUUAUAGAUCGUAACAAUGUGAAAGGAAUGAAGCUGAAGGCGACCGUAGCACGACAAAGCGUGCACGGAAAUGGUAGCUCAUGGAUAGCAGACUUGAAUUCAGUUCUCCUAUUUCCUAACCUUAUCAAACGUGUACAAUACACAUUCAUUACAACGGGGAAUUCCUUUCCUAACCAUGCUCUUCGAAACAUAUCGAGUAACCAAGUGGUGAUUCAAUCGGACUUGGCCGUUCCGGCAACUAUUUUCGUCACGGCGGAUCAAGGAAAUUCGUUCUGA